AUGGAUGGAGUGCGAUUCGUCAUCGCGGAGAAUGUCGAUCCGUUCAGAGGAGAAAAAAUUUCGAACGAUCUUUUGAAGCAUGGCGCAACCGCUGUGGAUAGUGCGCAAUUCGAUUCCGCAUCCAAUCGCGCUGCCACAUUCCGUGAGUUGGUAACACAUUUUAUCACGGAAACGAUUCAUUGUGAAUAUGCGACAUGGUGCAGGCACAUGGAAUAUGAUGAUGUCACUGUUUCUGAAGAGGCUAGUCCUGUUGCUGUCACGCCCGCUUGGGCCGAGCGGUCCAUGGCAUUACGGCACCCACAACCUGUCAAGCUCUAUUCCCCCGACCCACGCGAUAUCUUUUCCGGCAUCGUUAUUUGCUGUGCGCACUUGACUCCUCACGAUGUCGAUCUGAUGGCCACGUCUGUUACGUCCAUGGGAGGUGGUGUCAAGCAGACGCUGUGUGAGGAGGUAACACACGUUGUGGCUAUUGAUCGUGACAACAGCAAAAUGCGUGCUUUGGAGCAACACAAGACCGAUUUGCCCAUCAUAGCUGUGGCGCCACAUUGGAUUAAUGAUUCCUACAGUGUUCAACGCCUUUUGCCACUGGACAAGUAUGUAUUUCCUAUGGACACGCCACAAGGUCUGCCGCCUUGCUUAUGUGCGCCUAAUACGGCUACGCAGGUCGCCGCCGUUCCCUCCCCACCACAACCACUGAGUUUGCAUACCGAGCAUUCUAUUUUACAAGGAAAGACAGUUUUGUUUGCUCGUGAUAUCCAUGGUGGAACACUCGAGGCGCAUCCUGAGCUGCACUCGAUCCGAGAUCGAGUCGUGCAGGUGGGUGGUCAGUGUGCUCCGACAAUACCCGCUACAGCCUCAGCAGACGAGGUAGCGGCAGCUAUUGAGAGUGCUGACUUGAUUGUUGCUCGGCAUCGCGAGAGUGAUGAGUGUGCGCAUGCCUUGGGUCAAAACAAAACAGUUGGCACGCUGCCAUGGCUUGCCAAAGUCCUAUCGACGGGCCACAUGACAUCUCCACGCGACCGGCUUUUGCAUUUUCCAUACCCUUAUGAGCACGUCCAAGGCUUUCCUAAACUAUCCAUCACCAUCACAAACUACAAAGGGCAGGCUCGUGCUUAUCUCAAGGAGCUGAUCGUAAAAAUGGGCGGUGUAUUUACCCCAGAGCUGUCGACCAUGAACGAUGUAUGCGUGGCGCUCGACUUGCACGGAGACAAGGUCAAGCGAGCGCGAGAGUGGAAUAUUCCGAUUGUCAACCACAUUUGGCUGGAGCAAUGCUUUGCAACGUGGACGAACCAGCACCUUGCGCAACGUUCGUUUAUCACAUUCCCCGGUGCCGCACAACUCAGUGCCGUGCUCGGCCAGAUUGGUGUGACAGACGAAAGCGUCACUCCAUACAUUCAAGCGGGUCCAAAGAUUCCCCCCGCCGUUGAAAUGUCACAGCCAACGCCGACACCGCCUCCCGAAGACGUAUCACCUGUUGCAUCACCGCCAGCUGUGAUACGAGACCAUCAGCAAACUGAGGCCCCGCAACCUGUACCUGAGCAACCUGAGCCGGAGCACGCCGAAGCUCAGCCUUCCGAGUUUGUUGGGCCGAAGAAGCAAGGUAAUGAUGAGCCCUCGUCACCUACUGCAUCGCGACGCAAACGCGAAGCACCUGCAGCCUCGCACACGCCAAAGCGCGCGAGGAACGAGCUGCUGGUGGCCACAACGUCCGUUACCCUCACCAAGACAGAGCAGCACGCUCUCGAGGCGCUGGGUAUUCAGUACACGGAACGCAUUUCUGAGGCCCAUGUGCUAGUUGCCAAGGCACUCACACGCACGGAAAAGAUGCUGUGCGCAAUUGCCAGGGGACUCGAUAUCGUCAAUGUGAGCUGGAUCAAAACGAUGGUACGCAAAAGGGAGCGUAUUGAUCCUAAGGCACAUGUUCUGCGGGACCGGAAUCGCGAGCACCAAUGGUCUAUGUCGCUUCCCGACGUGUUGUCCCGCAGCCAGGAUAAUCCCUCGUCGCUAUUGCGUGGUCAUACCUUUUACAUUUUCAAGCACACGGAGCCGUCGCGUGACGUGCUUACUCGAGUGAUCGAGGCGGCAGGCGGCUCGGUCGAACAUGCGACUGGCAAGACGGAUGCACGGGUGCUGGCUUCAGACCAAGCGCAUGUGAUUGGAAGUGCUGCGGAUGAAACUGCAAUCCACGCGCUCCAGUCACACUAUACCAAGGCGCACGGAUCGCCACUGGCCGUGUACACGGCCGAAGUGGUCCUGGCGGGCGUGCUUCGGCAGCAGAUGGACUGGACGUCUACGUACCAAUUAUCUGCCACAUAG